AUGGUGGAGAGAGUAACAGCAAGUGGCAGGCAUGGUAGCAAGAAAAGGAAGCUUAGAGAUCCUAUCUCAGCCACAGUCAGGAAGCAGAGGGCAAAUAGUGGGCAGAGACUAGACAGUCAAGACCUGCCUCUAGGGAUAGAUGUCCUCUACCAAGGCUCCAUCUCCAAAUCGCACCACCACCUGGAACGACAUCUUCAAGUAGCUGCAGUGAUGUUCUCCACGUUGAGGAAGCUCUUCAGCUUUAAGAAAGAGCCAAAAACCCCUUUGGGGUUUUGUGAUGGCCCAAGCGUUGGAAAGGGGAGCUUGUCCUGUUGUGACUGUCGCACGGAGGAUAGGUACGCAGAGCCUUAUGACCCAGAGAAUAAAUUCCAUGAAGCGGUUUGUGAAGGACGGAGCAAGGUGGUGCUGCGCCUUCUCUCUAAGAAGAAGUUUCACGUCAAUGACAAGGAUGAAAGGAACCGGUUUCCCUUGUUACAAUAUCCACAGGCUGUACAAAGCUGGGAGACAAAGAUUGUUUCUGUCCUCCUUGAUAACGAAGCAGAUCCCAAUAUUAAAGAUUCUAAGGGAGAAACAGCAUUACAUCAGGCAGUGUAUGUAAACAGGCCAGAGAUUGCUAUUAUUGCCACCAGUCUUCUUGAAUUUGGGGGAAACAUUGAGGAAACUACAAAGGAUGGAUUUACACCUCUGCUGCUAGCACUCAGAGAAAGGAAACUUCUCAUGGCUAAACAUUUAAUAAAUCAUGGUGCAAACAUUUAUGCACGUGAUGACUUUCAAAGAACAACGCUCAUGUAUGCAGUUAAAUGGGAUUCUGAGGAUAUUGUUGAGCUGUUACUGAAAAAAGGUAUGGACCACUCCACAAAGGAUGCAUUUGGGUGGAGUUCACUGCAGUAUGCUGUGGCAGGAAAACGCAAAGUGUAA